GUCUUUGGAAACCGAAAGAUCAGUUCACUAUCGGAAGCUGCGAUCGCUGACAGAAGAUGUGGGAGAGUCGUGCGAAAUAACCGCUGUCGUUCCCACACUCACAUCCCGACGAAUUUAGGUAAAGAUCAAAUAAAAUGGGCAAUCGAGUAGCGCGCGAAGACUUCGAGUGGGUUUAUACAGACCAGCCCCACGCGGACCGGAGGAAAGAAAUUUUGGCUAAAUAUCCAGAGAUCAAGUCCCUAAUGGGACCGGACCCCAGGUUAAAAUGGAUAGUCUCUACGAUGGUUGCCAUCCAGUUUUUGGCCUUCUACUUGGUGAAGGACCUGCCUUGGAAAUGGGUGAUGUUUUGGACGUAUGCAUUUGGGAGUUGCGUAAACCAUUCAAUGACACUAGCCAUUCACGAGAUCUCACACAACACCGCUUUCGGUAACAACCGUGCGAAAUGGAACCGCUGGUUUGCCAUUUUCGCAAAUCUUCCGGUUGGGUUGCCUUAUUCUGCAUCUUUUAAGCGUUAUCACCUGGACCACCAUCGCUACCUGGGCGGAGAUGGUGUGGAUGUUGACAUACCCACCGAUUUUGAGGGAUGGUUCUUUUGCACUCGUUUCCGCAAGCUUAUCUGGAUAAUUUUUCAGCCGCUGUUCUACGCCAUUCGUCCGCUGUGCAUCAACCCCAAACCAAUCAGCCAACUGGAGCUUCUAAACGUGGCAGUUCAGUUGACCUUUAAUGCUCUCCUCUAUUGGAUCUGGGGAGUCAAGCCCGUGGUCUACAUGAUGAUGGGGUCAAUGUUAGGGAUGGGUCUCCAUCCCAUCUCUGGACACUUUAUUGCCGAGCAUUAUAUGUUCCUCAAAGGCCAUGAGACCUAUUCUUACUAUGGAUCACUCAACUUGCUCACGUUCAAUGUUGGGUACCACAAUGAGCACCAUGACUUCCCCAGCAUUCCAGGAUGCCGACUACCAAUGGUAAAGAAAAUAGCAGCAGAAUACUACAAAGAUCUUCCAUGUUACACAUCAUGGGUGAAGGUUCUGUAUGACUUCAUUAUGGAUGAUGAACUGAGCCCAUAUUCCCGUGUGAAGAGAAGACUCACAGGAGAUAUAAAGCAGGAGUAACACAUCACAGAUGACUCAUCACUGAUGAGCACACCUGGGAAAUAUUUCUGUUCAUUCACACCAUACCGCUGAUUGUGUGUUAGUAUAAAAGAACAUAGACAUAGGAUUUAGUUUCAGUUUCAAUGACAGAAAGGCAAUGUGGCAAUGUAACUUUUUGUUUUUAACAAAUGUGCUGACGAAUUUUAAGUAUAAACCAAAGUUUUUAAGAUAUUUUAUUCUAUUUCUCUGGACUCCAAGCCAGAGCGCUAUUUCAUCAUCACUGCUUAAUUUUCAUGUUUUGAAAUGUGUGCACCAAAUUGGCCCAUUGCAUUAAAAUGCAUUUGUUUCUUAACUCUUUAACAUAUUUUGAAAUAUUUGUGUAAUUGAAGAUCUUCACAGUGACCGAUAUAAAAGACUGAUAAUUGUUAUUACAAGAAGUGUCAUAAAUGUUUUGGCUGAUCAUUACUAACAGUAAUCUUUCUGAACAUGACUGCUGUGUAGGUGCGGGCCGAGUAUAAAGUGCUAUAAAACAGCUCAAUGUUUCAUUUGAACCAUGAUCUGAAAAAUCUGCUUGUAAUCUUGAAGACAUUGAUUAGUUUAUCCCAGUAAACUAAGUUUUUCUUUAUUUGAUAUUGUUUUAAAAUGUGUUAAAAAUCCUGUUGUAGAACUGCAGUUUCACAUUCCACCUGUAACAUGGACUUGUAAAUACAGGACGCUUAAAAUCUUACUUCAUAUUAAAAGACACAGCAAAGUCCA